GCUAUUGAGGAAGAAGGAGGACAACCUGAUGAGAUUCCAAUGGUGUCUGAAAUAACCCCCAAGAAAGCGCCAAAAAGAAGCAGUAAAGGGAAAGGCUGAAGAGGCCAGUAGCAUCAUAGAUCUAACAUCCGAUGAUUUGGCAACCCUGAAGGAACCUGACGAGUUUCCUUUGGAAUCAGAAAAUGAGAAAGUGCUCGACAUUUUGGGUGACACUUGUAAAUCUGAGCCCCUAAAAGAAGACACUUCCGAAGCUGAGCAGGAGCAGGAAACGAAUAAUUCAUGGCCGGGCAAACAGGAAGCCGUGGAGGAGGAGCAGGAGGAGGAGGAGGAGGAGGAAAAAGAAGAAGAAGGAGAAGAAGAAGAUAUGUUGGCUGCCACCUCUCCUGCCCACUCGGACGAAGACCUUGUAGAUAAGGAAAGCCAAUCAGGAAAGCCUGCUGAGGCCAAGAACCAGGAGGACGAUGCAAAGCUCUUAGUGGUAGCCAAAGGGGAGCCCAGCAAGCAGACAGUUGAGGAAGACAAAUCGGACUCGGACUCUUUAGCGGUAGAGAGCAGGAGUGGAGGUGGAGGUGGAGAUCUGAAGGCCACCUUUAUUAGCACCAAAAGCCAGGACCGCAAGUCGGAGAGCAAAGAGAAGCAAGACAUCCUGUCUUUCGAUAAAAUCAAGGAGCAGCGCGAGCGAGAACGCCAGAGGCAACGCGAGCGAGAGAUCCGAGAGACGGAACGGAGGAG